GACUGGGCAGAGGGCGGAGCUGGGAGGUUUGCUCUGCUACAAACAGCAGCUUGUAAUCACUCUGCAGCCUGUUAUGAUAAUACUGUUUGACUUCUCUUUUGCACCCUACAGUGCUGAUUGAAUGUCCCUUUGCCUUCUUGAGUCAGCUGAAGGUAAAGAAGGGGCUUACAGGAGGACUGCCCCGCCAUGGAAUGUUGUAGAUUUGCAAACAGGAUCGUAGGAAGUUUUUCUUCCCCCUCUUGGAUUCGGAGCUGCUGGUUUGGAUCCAAGGAGCGUGUGCACUGCUUAGAAUUUCCUCAGAGGCUGGGAACACCAAACUGGGUGGAUUCCGGUAAUGGUUUAAAAGACGAGCAGCUGCCAAUGACCAUUUAAACGUGUGCACGCAUUUUUUGCAACUACACUCAUCCAAAAGAAGGAAUUCAGGGUUUGACAAGCUGAAAAAGUCAUUCCCCUUCCUGGCACACUUUCAUGUAUAUUGAGACUGUCAUCAUCACUGACAUCAGUACUGUACUGUGGACUGUUCUGCCCAAGUGUUGGCCAUAUUACUGAGACCUUGGGACUUAAAAUCACGACACCUGUGGCAGUUCCUAUGACAGUUUAAUGGGGAGCCACACUCCUACACACGUUUCAGCUUGACGCAGAACAUGGAGGGUGACAAUAGUCAGGUGGAGAUGAAGCUAUCGUCCGACAUGGAUGAGGAAGUUGGAGGAAAUGGAAUGGAAGAACAUCUCAUUCACAGCUCCAACGGCAAACCUUAUGUGGCUCAAAGGUUUGGAUGCACACCCAAGAACCUCUGCUUCAUGGCAGCUGCAACCCUAUUCAUCUUUACCAUCGGGUGCUUGAUUGGCUACCUGGCCCAUUCAAAGAGGGACUUGGCUCCGGGCUCCUCAGUCUCCAUGCUCCCCUCUGAAGAAACAGAUACCAUCAAGACAGGUGCUGCUCCUCAUAUGGACUGGGAUGAUGUCAUAAAGCUCUUGGCUAAAAAAUUCAGUGCAACCAAAUUUGAAUCUGUCUUCAGUGAGUUUGCCAGUAACAGCCAUCGGGCUGGUUCUCCUGGUGAUGAAGCUCUGGGGAACAAGGUGCUCAAGAAGUUUGAAGAAUAUGACAUGAACACCUGGACUGAAGAAUAUUUUGUCAAGGUUCAGGACCCCCCAGCUUCUGGCUACAACAGAUUUAUUUUCAAUGGGACAGAGGGGUAUCCAAAUGGAUUCCUGUCCUACAGUGCUACCGGAAGAGUAACGGGUGCUGUUGUGUUCGCGUACUACGGGCAGGAAAACGACUUUACAUUGCUGAGGGGCAAGAACAUCAACCUGAGUGGCAGGGUUGUGCUGGUCAGAGCUGGCAAAAUCAGUUUUGCUGAGAAGGUUGCCAAUGCUGCCAAAAUGAAUGCCUCUGCUGUGUUGAUCUACCCAGAUCCCACUGAUUACUCUAUUGGUGAUAACACUCCACUCUUUGGACAUGUCCACCUGGGUUCUGGGGAUCCCUACACCCCAGGCUUCCCCUCCUUCAACCACACCCAGUUUCCUCCUGUCCAGUCUUCAGGUCUACCAACAAUCUUGGCUCAGACCAUCACAACAGGCAUGGCUAACAGUAUUCUGAGGAAGCUGGGGGGUCAGAGUGCACCAAGAGAAUGGAAAAGCUACUACAACAACUUGGGAAACGAGAAGGAUGUUAUUACUGUGGAGGUCAACAAUGUUCUUACUGAGAAAAGGAUUAAUAAUGUCUUCGGCGUCAUCAAAGGCUUUGUGGAUGCAGAUCAGUAUGUGGUCAUUGGUGCCCAGAGGGACGCAUGGGGUCCAGGUUUUGCUACAUCGACUGUUGGCACCAGUGUCCUUGUUGAACUGGCUCGUUCCAUCUCAGACAUGGUGAAGAAUGAUGGAUUCAAGCCAAGGAGGAGCAUUGUGUUUGCUAGCUGGAGUGCUGGAGAAUAUGGGAGCGUUGGUGCCACUGAGUGGAUGGAGGGUUAUCUGUCCUCUCUGAAGAUGAAAGCCAUCUCUUACAUCAACCUGGAUGGUGUUGUAGCAGGUGACAAUAGAUUUAAAGUAGCAGCCAGUCCCUUGCUGCACAGCCUGAUUGAGAGCACUCUGAAAGAGGUGAACUUCACCCAGUUUUCUCAAGUUACAAGAGGCAACUGGGAGUCAGAUGUGUUGGAACCUCUCAAGUUGGAUAAUGCUGCAUAUCCUUUCCUUGCCUUUUCUGGCAUUCCCUCAAUCUCAUUUAGAUUCGCCCCCAGUAACGCAGAUUACCAGUACUCUGGCACAUUGCUGGACACCAGGGAGACCCUGAAACGGGUCACGGGACAGCAGAUUCCUCAGCUGGCUGAAACAGCAGCAAAGUUUGCAGGUCACAUAGCGCUGAGGCUGGUCCAUGAUCAUCUGUUGCGGAUGGAUGUGACAAAGUAUGACAAGAUUAUUCGUACUCAAGUGGCUCAGAUCAAUGGGAAAGUCAAGAACGUUAAGAGGUUGCGGCCAGAGCUUUUGCCCAAGGCCCUGACAGUGCAGUGGUUGAUCUCAGCCUCUGGCUCCUACAGCCGUGCCUGUCGCACACUGCAAACAGACAUCCAAAACAUUGAUUAUGAUGACAUUGCGAUGUGCCGCCUCAUAAAUGAUCGUAUCAUGAUGGUGGAAAGGAACUUCCUGUCACCCUACGUAUCUCCCAAAGAUAGUCCUUUCCGCCACAUCCUGCUGGGCUCUGGACCCCACACUCUCACCGCUCUGUUCAACCACCUCGAAGCCCUCAGGACCAACAACCCUGAGGCUGAUGUCGACUUGUUCCGCAACCAGUUCGCCCUGGUGACCUGGACCAUUCAGGGCUGUGCCAAUUCACUAGCAGGGGACAUCUGGUCUUUGGAUAAUGAAAUCUAAAAAAUGUCCCCCUGCUCCCUCCCUUGUUCAUGGCUUGGCCCUAUUAGGACAACUGACAGUGUGAAGACCAGUAGGUUGUUACAAUUGUGUCUUGUAUAAUGUGAAAAAAGAAGAAGGUAGUAUUUGCCUACCAGUGUGUGUCUUUAUCGGAGGCAGUGCCCUCCAUAUUUCACUGUAGGGGUGGAUGUUUUUAUUAUCAGGAACAGUGUUUCCCAUAAUUUGUGUAUAUAUACAGUACAUUGCUACACGAUGCACAUGUUGUCCGCAUCUUUAGAUCCCUUCUAUGAUGUUUUCAUGCUAAUGAAUCUCUGUAGUUUCCUCUCAGACAGAAUACAGCCUGCAGCUUCUGUUCACAGAUCUGAAACACAGUGAUGAGAUUUAACAUCAGCUCAUAUGAAAACAUAUGUUUUGUUUUUUUUUUCUUGCCACUGUUGCCUAGUGCUUGCUCAUUGUGGGAACUGUUGGGUCUCUCUCUGUAAAUACCUAUUUCAAAGAGUACAGACUAGACCUGCUCUGUAUGAAAAGUGCCUUGAGAUGACUUUUGUUGUGAUUUGGCGCUAUAUAAAUAAAAUUGAAUUGAAUUGAAGGCAUUACAGGCAUUACGCAAAUGAGUUUGAGAAUGUA